AUGCUAUGCACGAACAAAGCUGCUCUUAUCCGAUCAUACCAAACACGGCGCAUAACUGGACCGGACUUGGAACCGAACAUGCCCAUAUGGCAAGCGAUGAAGGCGACCUCAGCAGCCCCACGAUACGUGCAAUCCGAGCCAGGAGUUCCGCAACGCUUCGUAAUCGAGAAAGGUCUCGUUGAUCAUGGGACUACAAAGAACAACCCAGUUCGCGACAUCCUGUAUGAAUGUAGGAAGCUGUUCCGAUAUGCGAACGACAUGAUGAUCAUUGUCUCGGUCGGGACGGGCGUCGGCCUGAAUCGCAAAAACGAGAUUCCCGAAAUGGCGAACAGCGUUGAGGAUAGGAAGGCUGAAGCAAGAUCGUGGGGUGAUAGAUUUGAGGCCGAACAUGCUGCGUUGAUGGAGCGCAACUGGAUGAAGUACUUUCGGUUUGAUGUGACGGGUUUAGAGGAUGUGCCACUGGAGGAGUGGAGUCACGAAGAACUGAUUAAGGAGAAGACUUCGGCAUACCUCGCCCAGCCAGAGGUUGGACAGAAGUUCUAUGCGUGUGUUGAUGCGAUAACGGCGCUGCUGUUGAGCCCGCAGGGGAGGUAG